AUGAAUAAAUCAUUGAGCUCAGAUUAUGGAGCGCGGUUUGUACUCGGUGAGUACACUGCCGCCUAUGAAACAGCCAUUCGCAGCAACACUGUGCUUGAUGUAGGUUACGAUCCUAUUUCCCGUCCCAAUUCUACCACAGAGGUCAAAGUCGGCAUCGGCAUCCUAGCUAUCGAUCAACUGGAUCUUCUAAACCAGAUGUUCACAGUCGCUGGUUGGAUGGUGCUGGAAUGGAGGGACGAGAGACUGAAAUGGACCCCGGCAGCAGGGAAUGGGAACAUAAAGAGCGUUUUCUCAACGAGCGAUAUUAUAUGGAAACCGGAAUUAGUCAUAGACAAUGCGUUAGAUGACCUAGGCGUGAUAACGGCAGACAAUCUCAACCUUAGAUAUGAUUUUGAAGGAAAUGUGGAGUGGGAACCACCGGUACUUUUCAACGUCCAUUGUCAGGUUGACGUGACGUUCUACCCGUACGACCAACAUAAGUGCGCCAUAGUUGUGAUCGGAUGGGGCUACACGGUUGAAGAAGUGGAUCUAGCAUUCCUCUCCCAGGCUAUCAACACCGAUGACCUCGAAGCACACGGCGAAUGGAUUGUCAAGAAGACGGAGACCGUGAAAGCUGUGUUAGACGAAACCCUGGAAGACGGGACUAAACGCCAAUUUCCAAAACUUGAGUUCUGGAUAAGCGUCAAGCGGCGACACGAGUAUUACAACCUCAACGUCAUCAUGCCUGUAGUAGUGACGUCACUACUGAUCGCACUGACGUUCAUCGUUCCGUUCGAAUCAGGCGAAAAGCUCUCGUACAUUCUCACGGUGUUUCUGUCCCUAGCCGUGCUCCUCACUAUCACUUCGGACGCACUCCCGCCAACUUCAAUCACGGUUUCCAAUCUAGCUAUGUACCUCGGGGUCGUGACGGUCAUGGCGGCGGUAGGGAUGCUAAUAACAGUCCUGCUGCUGAUGGUCUACCACAACGAGGAUGCUAUCAGCGAGUCGACAUCCAUGUCAAGUAAAUGCAUUUUGAUGAUCGCCAGCAUCGCCGCUACGUUCAUCCGCUCGUUCAAAAAACACCUAAUAGGGCGCCGGGCCACAUCAAAAGUGGUAAAAGUGAUGCCCGUAAAUGGCCAUGAAAAUGCGGCCGAGAAAAAGCGCGUGAAAAGCGCGGAAUCAGGCAAAGAGCGCGAUGACGACGAAGAUGCAAACGUAACCUGGCAGGAUGUGGCUAUAAUUCUUGACAGAUUCGUCUUUAUUAUUUUCCUAGCAGUGUCUGUCGCCAUAAACUUUGGGUUUUUGAUAGGACUCGUUGUUGGUGGAAACACGACUGCUCUAUGAUGACGUCACAACACGAACGAUAACAUCACGUAUCACAUGAAGUUAUGUUCAUUACCAUGAACUAUACUCUUUAAUAUCUAUAUAUUUUUAUAAUUUAUAUUGAAGAGAGAUUAGACGGAGUAUUAUUUGAAUGAAAAGGGUUGGCAGUUUGUAUGAACUCAAAAGUUCUAACAUUAUUCUCCAGCGAAAACAUAGAGAAUACUAGG